CACUACGAGCACAGAGGUCUCGAGCAGCACGCAUGACAACAGAAACCUCCCAAGAAACUAUUUAUCCCGAGAGCAAACUGUGAGAGGAUUUCACCGGUCGGUACGAAAUGCUUUGACGAUUUCCUGAAAUAUCCAGAGAGAAAACGUGGAAGAGAAAAUAAUUUUAAAAUCUUAUCCUCCUUCUUCUUCUGUGGAGGAGUAUUUUUGGUGAAAAGGUGAAGACGCAUGAGAGACCGGCGGCAGCGUCGAGCAAGUCCGUUUGAGUAGAUAAGUUGUUUCGGCGCACAAGGAGCCGUGCCUUUGCUUGUUUUGCGUUCCGAGUGUCAAACUUACAGACAGAGAAGAGCCGUCCUCAUUCGGUGGUGUCUGGUUCUGUUAUCCCGGAGAAGACCUUGCCCUUGAAGAGGACGGGACAGUGCGGAGCGGUGAGUGCAGAUUUUCCUGCAGUGCGGAGCUGCCGCUGCUGACUGAAUGCAGGGGACACACUGAAAGCUGUUCUCCAGACCUCCCUGCUGCUUAAGGGGAGACUGCCAGAUGUGUACCCAGCACUCAAAACCCCUGGCCUGGCCGUGGGGAUGGCAGCCUCUGCCCUGAACCUGAACGGCCUUGGAGUCAUGAACAGCAGUAAUCAGUUUCACACCCAGCCAGGUUCCUCCAGUACCACCUCAGGAGCUAGAACCAGUCCAGUCGGUCGACCUGUGCUGCCGGUUCCAGAGCGGAGCACCUACUGUCAGUUACUGGGUGGGGGAGCGCUUGGUGGAGGUGUCUACAGCCCAACCAGCCCUCAGACGAGCCCUCGAAACCUGGGUCGAACCUUUGUCUUCCCCCCUUCAUCCUCGCUCUCCCCCAGCCACACCCCUCGUGCUCGCUCCCCUUCCCCGCGAAGCCCAGAGCUCCUGGGAGUCAAUGUGGGCCAGCGAGUCCGACGACUGAGCUCACCCGGCGGUGAGGAGAGAGAGGAAGGCGAAAGGCAGGAGGAUUGGGGAGGAGAGACAGCAGGAGGAGAGAGGCGAGAGGAGAGGAGACGCCAGGCACAGCUGCUGCAGAUACACAGAGAGCUGCAGAACGUUGAGGUCAGGGGAAAAGUGGGCAUUUUCGAGGCCCAUAUUUCUGGAAUUCGUGCCCAGGUGUUUAACAGCGAGCUCCAGCGCAGCCCUCGGUCUCCAAGACGAACCCUUGAAUGCUCAGUGACCCACCCACAGGAGAGUAAAGUUUUUCCUGUUGUUCAAAAUGGAAGAGAAAGGGAGGGAGAAACUAUGGAAGGAGAAAUGAGAGAAGGAGGGAAUGAAGGUGAGAAGGACAGCAGUGCUACUAAAACGAACACUGAGAACAAGACACUGAUUGAUCAAAAUGGCCGGCAUUUAGAAUCAACAAUGCAAACUCCCUGUUUAGAUGGACCGUUUGCUGUUCAGGACUCCCUUGAGACAUUAAAUCCAAAUGCAACAACAGACAGAGAGAUAAAAGAGGGUGAAAGACUGCGGAAAAAGGAGGGAGAAAAAGAUGCAUGGGAGGUAGAAAAUGAAAAAAUGCUGCGAGACGAAAGUCAACGGACAGAGAGCAAAGUGACAGAUGAGAAAGAGGGCCGGUUGUGUCUUGAGACACUGCGCCAGACAGAGGCAAAAAGAUUGGAGGUUAACCCUGAAACCACUGCUUUUCCUCGGGCACAGAGUAGUGAGAGCUCCCCUUGUUUGCUGGACAUCACAGAUCACGGCUCGAACCACUCUCCCUCCAUACCUGCAGUCAUAAUAACAGACCAUGGUUUGGAAAGUCAACCUCAAACUUCUGAAGGCCCCCGCUCAGACCAGGGACUAUGCAGCUCCCCUAGUCCCAGUUCCAGCCCUGUCCCUGGGCCGAACUCUUCAAACCGCUCCCUCAGGAAGCUGUCGUCCUCCUCUGCCUCCUCGGCUGGUUUCUCCUCCUCUUGGGAAGAGUCGGAGGAGGAUGUUUCCAGUGAUACAGAGAAAGGAGAGCAGCUUCUCAACCCUGCACUCCUCAGUUCCAAACAGAAAGCGGUAAGUGGAGUCAAGUGA